GGAACAUUCAUCCUCCUCCCCCCCUCUUCUCCAACAAACUCUGAAAUCUCAACUCUGUUCAGGGGUAGUCGUGGCGAUUUUACACAUUUCAACCUCGAUCCAAUUUCUCCUCCCCGAUACGUCCUUUCCGAACCCUUCCCUCUCAAUUGGCCAAUCACAAUGUUCGCUGCUCGCCGAUUGACCGGUGGCCUUCCUCGCGUCCUGUCCCAGAGGGCCCUUUUCCAUAACACCGCCCCGGCGUUUGUUCAAAAGGGCGACGCCAUCCCCGACCUCGAUGUUCUGAUUGAGAACUCCCCUGGCAACAAGGUCAACUUGGCCAAGGAGCUGAAGGGAAAGGGAAUUAUCAUUGGUGUCCCCGCCGCUUUCAGCCCCGCUUGCUCCAGCACGCACGUGCCCGGUUAUAUCAAGCACCCUAAGCUGAAGGAGGCUGGUCAGGUGUUUGUUGUCGCUGUCAAUGAUCCUUUCGUGACCAAGGCCUGGGGCGAGUCCCUUGAUGCCUCUGGCAAGAGCGGCAUCCGGUUCCUCGGAGACCCUACUGGCAAGUUCUCUGACGCGCUUGACGUUACCUUCGACAGCGCCUCCAUCUUCGGUAACAACCGCAGCAAGCGCUACGCGCUGGUUGUCGAGAACGGCAAGGUCAAGGAGGCCUUCGUUGAGCCCGACAACAUCGGGGUAAACGUCUCCGCCGCCGAGAAGGUGUUGGGUUAAGCAAGUCGAGAAGUCUCGGCACGGCAAACUAUCUUGUAAUCAUAGAAUUCUGUUAUACGUGCAGGAGAAACAUAUAAGAUUUAU